GAUAGUCUAUUCCCGAUAUCACUAUAUAUUUUAUUCUCACUCUUUUCCUUCUCUCCUAACCCUAAUAUUUCUCUUCCUUCUCUGCACAUUCUGAUAAAACUCUUAGUCUAGACACCCUUUCUCUUUACCUUACCCAUCCCUCUGCACAUCAGUUUUUUUUUUUUUUUUUCCUCUCUCAGUUCUCAGCUUUUAAAACACUUCUGGGUCUCUUCUCCAUUUCCCAAUAACACUUCUCUUUUUUAGUGUUCUACUAUAAAAGGAGUGUGUGAUAAAAAAUAAACCAUGGACAUUGACCUCUUAAAGUCUCCAUCUGAAGAUCAAAUUGACAUGAUCAUGAUGUUGCAGAUGGACAAGCUCCAUGUUCCCGAUUUCUGCGGAGGUUACAGCGACGUCGGCGAUCAGAUGUCGCGAACGUCGCUGGAAUUUCCUACAGUACUAGGGAGUAGUAGUAGCAGUAGCAAUGUCAGAACCGCGACGCAAAUGAUCGAAAAUCCACAUGUUUCGCCUUCAUUCAUGAACCCACCAUCCACCACCCUAUCGUUUGGCGGUGGCGGAGGAGUUCAAGAACCGGCGGAGCUUCCUUUCUUGUCGAAUUCGGGGAGGUGGAGAGGAGGCGGCGGCGGUGAGUUUCCUUUUCCGGCAACUACACAGUCACAGAAGCGGAAUUCGAUGGCGGCGAUGAGGGAGAUGAUAUUUAGGAUAGCGGCGAUGCAGCCGAUCCACAUUGACCCGGAAUCGGUGAAGCCGCCGAAGCGGAGGAACGUGAAGAUUUCGAAGGACCCGCAGAGCGUGGCGGCGCGUCACCGCAGAGAGAAGAUAAGCGAGAGAAUCAGAAUUCUUCAGAGGCUGGUACCAGGAGGGACUAAAAUGGACACUGCGUCUAUGUUAGAUGAAGCAAUUCACUACGUGAAGUUCUUGAAGACCCAAGUGCAGUCGCUCGAGCGAGCGGCGACAAAUAGGCCGCCGCCGCCGACGACCGGGAUAGGGUUUCCGGUGUCGGUGUCGAACGGAAUCUAUCUUCCUGGGGUGAAAGGUUACCAAACUGCUCAAAGUCUUGAGCAAUAUUCUGAUGCUUAGUUGAAAGAGAGAGAGAAUUAAAAGAAAUUAGAUCUUUGUUUUUAGUAUAAAAUGCAUUGUCUCUAGAGAUGCAGAGUUUGGGGGGUUGUAAAGUGAAGAGAUUGUCUAAUUAUUGUUUGUUAUCGUAUUGUAGUAACUUUUUUUUUGUUUUUUUCCUCAUCACUUGUGAAUGUUAUGUAUGGUGUAUUGCUAGAAAAUAAUUGCAACCAGUGAAUGGAGAACCCAAACUGUUCAAAGCC